UGAUUCUUUAAAGACGUCAAUUCCCAUGCACCACCAGGAGUUGGACGUCAUCAGGAAGUUCCCGUAGUCAGAAAUAUUUUGUUGAGUUUUGUUGUUGUCCAGCAAAGCGGUUCCAUUCAUGGCGCUUGCUGGUGUGCGUGUCAUCGAGCUUGCGGGCCUGGCCCCAGCGCCCUUUUGCGGCAUGAUUCUGGCUGACUUUGGCGCCAAGGUGAUCCGAGUGGACCGGACCAAGGUUGCAAUGGCAAUGGACACGCAGGCUCGAGGCAAGCGCUCGGUGGCGAUCAACCUGAAGAGCCCAGAGGGAGUAGCUGUGCUGAAAAAACUCUGCAUUCAAUCCGAUGUCGUCCUUGAGCCCUUCCGCAAAGGAGUUAUGGAGAAGCUGGGUCUGGGUCCAGAGGAGCUACUGAAGGAGAACCCUCGUCUGAUCUACGCACGCCUCACUGGCUACGGCCAGAGUGGAGCCUAUGCCAAGGCUGCUGGUCACGACAUCAACUACCUCGCCAUGUCAGGCUUGUUGUCCAUGCUGGGCCGGAGCCAUGAGAAGCCCUACGCUCCUCUGAACCUGUUGGCAGACUUUGCAGGCGGGGGUCUGACCUGUGCCCUCGGGGUGGUCCUGGCCCUGCUGGAGAGGACCAGGUCGGGAAUAGGGCAGGUCGUUGACACCAGCAUGGUAGAAGGAGCUGCCUAUGUUGGCUCGUUUGUGUGGAAAUCUCGUAGUAUUGGCAUGUGGAACAACUCGCGUGGGGAGAACAUGCUGGACAGUGGAGCUCCAUUCUAUGACACAUACCAGACCUCUGAUGGGAAAUACAUGGCUGUCGGGGCUAUUGAGACACAGUUCUAUAACCAACUCAUCCAUGGCCUGGGAUUAGAUGCUGCCAACCUUCCUCCCCAGAUGAGCUUCUCUGAUUGGCCAGUGGUGAGGCAGAUCUUCACUAAGCAGUUUGCGACUAAGACACAGGAGGAGUGGGGUCGCGUGUUCGACGGAAAGGACGCCUGUGUGACUCCCGUUCUCUCUCUGGACGAAGUGAUCUCCCACCCCCAUAACCAGGAGAGGGCCUCCUUCCACAGGGACGCCCAUGGGGAGGUGACUCCGAGCCCCGCACCUGUCCUGUCCCGUACCCCUGCUGACCCCUGCCUGGCCCAGGACCCCCUUAUAGGGGAACACACACGCCUCGUUCUAGAGGAGUUUGGCUUCAAACUAGCAGAGGUAGACCAGUUGCUCUCAGCUGGUAUUAUUGAGUGUAACGUAGCCAAAGCACGGUUGUAGCCAGGCCUUUCUUCUUCUACUGCCUCCUGCCUCUCUCCUCUUCCCUCCAUCCCUUUGUCCUUCUUUAAGAAAAACACCCCGGCUCUCCAAUGUACACUUUAGUGUUUAAAAGUUGGACAACCGUCUUUGAUACAUGGUGUGCCAUGCAUUGCUGGUGGAUGAGCUAUUCAAGUACUUGGAGCCCUUGGAUAAAUCACACUGCAAAUGCAAUUAAUUCAUAUAAUUGUUAUUAUUAUAUGUAACUUACAGGUGUUUGUAGUAAUGGCUUCCUUCUAAUAUGCAAUAAUUGCUUCAAUAGAACAUCUUCCACCUACUGCAAGCCCUGUUGCCUUUGUAAGUGUUUGGACUGUAAGCACUUAAUUGUAAUUAUGUUAAUAGCUAGGUAGCAAUGACAAUAUGUCAGUCAUUUCUAGAGUAAGGUAGAGCAGGAGGAGGCGGAGAGAAUGAUGACCCUUGACUGUAAGUACUCUUUCAUGUCAGUUAUUACCUGUAUCCAAGGUUUGUGAUGAUUUUACAUGAUCAAAUAAAAUGUUGUUGGUCACAGCAGGUGUAGACUUUACAAUGAAAUGCUUACUUACGAUCCCAUUCCCAACAAUGCAAAGUUAAAAAGUAAGACAAAUAUUUUCUAACUAAAGAAAUAGUAACACAAUAAAAACAACGAGGCUAUAUUCAAGGAGUACCAGUACCGAAUACAUUAACAUGUCAUAAUGUGCCUCUCUGAAUAGUCUUUGUAAUUCUAUAAAUAUGGUGAGAAAUUAUUCUCAGCUAUUGACGGAAGUGCCUGUAUUUUAUCUUGAAUGUUUUCAAAGCUGAAUGGGCACCCCAUUAAUAAUAUUUCUUGACAAUUUGAAUUAAAAUGCUUCAAUUAAA